AUGAUGAGAAAGACUUGUAAUGAAAGACCAAUUGAUACAGAAGAUAUAUUCAAUGAGGGUGAUAGCCAAGAGGCCAAUUAUAAAGAUGAUUUAGAUGAAAUCCAAAACUCGUUGAAAAAUUACAGUGCCAAUUUGUCGGCUCUUGAUGUUUUUGCAGCUGGAGUCGCAUAUGCAAGACUAAAUUUUAAAUCAGAAAUAUUUUUGAGGCUGGUUUCAGAGGUACAAACGCAGUAUGGCCAAAAUAAUCUUGAUAAUAAUGAAAAAUUAGAUUUGAUACAUCAGAUAAUGAUAGGAAGAAUUGGCUCUAUUAAGCCUCGUCUGAAACAUCUAGAUAAGCGUGAAUCAAUUGAGUUCCCUAAAAGAAAGGUCCCUGUGGUCACUAAAAAAAUCGACAAAUUCCAAGAGCUUGAAAAAUCUGAAAUGCUAGCAAAACAAUUGCAUGAUGAAUGAAACAUGGAUUCUCCAUCUGCCAAAUGUGAAUUGUGUGGAAAAGAAAUCCCAGAAAGAGAGUAUCAGCUUAUGUAUAAUUGUUCACAUAUGUUUCAUUCCAAAUGUCUAACAAUAAACCUCCAAAGCCAAAUUUCUCAUCAAAAAGUCCCUCUUAUGUGUCCUGGGCAAGACUGCACAAAAGAGGUCGGGACAAGUGACAUUAGGCUUUAUCUAGAUAAUAUUUGAAUUGAGAGAUAUGAAAAACUUACUCUAGAUAGCUAUUUUUCAGAGCAUAAAGAAUCAGUAGUAAAAUGCAUUAACCCUAAAUGUGGGGCUGUUAUGGAAAUUUCUCAAGGAGUGACUAGGAUUAUAUGCAGACUUUGCAGCACAGAAUGAUGCUUGAACUGCAAAUGCAUUUAUCAUCAAGGGAUGAACUGUGAGCAAUAUCAAGAGUCGCUGAAAACGCCUGAUGAGCGCAGUUUGAUUGAUAAAGCCAAAAAUCUUAUCCAUGCAGGUAAAGACAAGUUUGAAGCAAUGAAGCUGUCGAAUAAAAGGAUUGUAAGGACAUGCCCUUAUUGCAACCAAAUGGUGUCUGUAAGAAAUCCAGGGCUGGCAAGAUGUAAUUGCGGGUUUAUUUUCUGUACAGAAUGCAAUAUGGCGAAUAAUUUUUGUAAGUGCAGAGCAGCUACAAAGAAAUAA